AUGGAAGGAAUAAACCCAAACCCAAGCAAUUCGAAGACCAAUGUGGAAGAAACAAACACAAACAAUCCAAAAAGACGGCGUGGUCUGGGAAUUGUGACACCAAAUGCUUGCACAGAAUGCAGAAAGAAGCGCGCAAAGUGUGAUGGCGAAACUCCUUGCGCAAGAUGUUUAUCUCAAAAGAACGUCGAGUGUGUUUACGAAAUCCCUGUACGUCAGUCGAAGGAAAAUAUGAGAUCCGAAAUCGAACAUUUAAAGACUUAUCAGCAACAAAGUGAGCGUGUGCUUGCUGCUAUUGCCUCACAAGAUCAGACUGUGCAGGUCAUCGAACGACUUCGACAGGGCGAAAGUUUGAAAAGCAUCGCGGACGGUUUGCAAAACCAGUCGCGUAUUGCAUCGGCUCCAGGGGGUAAUAUUACAACAUAUACAAGUUUCACCGAUCAUCAAGCAAUUGGAAAUGCGCUCAGGCCGGCUCGAGGAAUCAUCACAUCCCCAUUCACAACGUCAGGACAAGGGGCCUUGCCAGCACCAUCUGUCGACUUUCACAAUGAGGAGAAUCAAGGGAUGUGGAGUCAAUGGCCCGAUAUAAAUAAUGUAUCAUCUGGUACUGCUCCUGGAGAUGACCUGAUGAACUGGACAGCGGAUCCUACGACAUUAUCUGACAAUCUUGAUUAUUCGGGAACUGGAGGGACUUGGAAUGACGAAGCAUCUCACUAUUCUACCCCAAAUAGCGCGAUACUAUACGCCAGAGGCCAAGGUCAAGAAGCUAUUCUUAACAAUGGAAUUAGCUCAUUACAAGGGAACAGUCAAGAAUAUCCUCCAGCAUCAUGGACCAAAGUCACAUCAGAUUCUGCUUUUGUGGACCAUCUCAUGGCGCUAUAUUUCUGUUGGGAGUAUCCCACAUUUGCCUCGCUGAGCAAGGAGCAUUUUCUUCAUGCUUAUAGAACUGGGAAACAAGACCAUUGUAGUGAGCUGCUAGUGAAUUCGAUAUUGGCUUUAGGAUGUCGGUUCUCUACACAUGCAAAUGCAAGAACUGAUCCAAAUGACAGUUCUACUGCGGGUGGCCAUUUUUUUGCUGAAGCUACACGUCUGCUCAAAUGUGAAGAAGACCGACAUUCUUUGACAACCAUUCAAGCACUAGGGUUGAUGGCAAUCAGAGAAGCAAGUGGAGGUCGCUCUAGUGCGAGUAUCUAUCUUUCAGGACAGUCACUCCGAUUAGCAAUUGAGAUGGGCCUUCAUCUUGAAGCGAUGGGCGAACGACCCAGCGAACCGGUUGAAGGAACGGAAGCAGUACGACUAGCCACAUUCUGGGGAGCUUUUUCUCUAGACUCAGCCUGGUCAUUGACGAUCGGGCGCAUACCUCAAUUCUCUCAUACAACCAAAUUGCACAUAAAACCAGCAAUUGUAGAUACGAUUGAAGCAUCUGCUUGGAUUCCAUAUACAGAUGAUGGUGCACCACUGGAACGUAAUUGUACUCAGCCAUCGAAUAUCCGAAGUGUAUAUGCAACAUUUUGCGAGCUUUCUGAGCUAGUUCAUCAAUCUUUAUAUCUUUUCUAUGCUCCCGGUUCCAAUUGUACCAGCACUUCUUUACUUCAGAUGUACACUAGGUAUCUCCGUUGGUAUGACUCCAUUCCUGCAGCUCUACGAUUAGGACACAACUUCACACCAUCUGUCUUGUUUUCACAGCGCACUCCUUCUUUUGUACCUCAUUUUAUCCUUGCCGCCAGUAUUACUCACCUCAUAACCUUGGGUAACACAAAACUCGGCGCUGAAAAGGUUGCUCAAGGAUUUGCAGACCUUAAAGAUAUGGCGAGCUGUCAUGGAUUUGCAGGCCGCGCUUCCAAUAUACUUCGCCACCUGGCCAAAAAAUGGAAUAUUGAAGUACCCGGUGGCAACGAAGAACAAAUAGAGCCUGAUACUUUUGAUUCUCAGGCUCGUCCUUCUUCUUCUUCCUUUAAUCAGUUUUGUACCGCCGUGGAAGAAUCAGACAUGGUGCGUGGUAUUGGUGUUGCUAGUGAAGGUGAAAAUCCUCUCUUUUGGCCAUUCCCAAUGCAAGGUAGACCGUUGAUGGAUUACAGUGGCGAAAAUCUUGGAAAGCUAGGAUUCGAAAGAUUACGACAAUGGGCUUGA